CGCAUAAGCAACAGUCGCGGCGGAGGAUGCGCACAACACGAGCAACAGCCAACAGAGCUCAUAAACAGCAGAACACGGUGAACUCCGACUCUCAUCCUCUCGUUUAGACUCGGGAAUGUGAUCUGGGACAUACUUCGCUCAUUCAGUCUUUCGUUUUGGCGUCCUUCCUUUAUUCUGGACCUCCGGUUCAUCGUCACGGUUCGGCGGAGACGCUUCACAUCACAGUAGUAUUUCAGACCAUCAGGCUGGGAGUCCUGAUCUAGACCAGCAUGUUCUCAUUCAGCUGGAUCUAGAGCAGAAUACUGGACUUCAGGAUCAUCGGAGCAUCACUAAAAGAUAUCCGCAUAUCUCAGAUCAUCAGUUUGGGAUUAUUCUUCUGAGGAGGAGUUUCUUUGGAGAGCAUGAUUACUUCCAGAGCUGGAAUACUAGAGACUAAUCUAGUUUUUGGUGGCAAAUUUAAUUACAGCGGCGAAUCCCUCAUGUGAACCGAGAAGAGUCUGAUCUGUUCUGCUGCAGGACGUGCAUUGACUCCUGCAGUUUCUGUGCUCGUUCUUUAGCGAAAUCAAGAGUUCUGUGUGUUCACGAUGUGUUUUCAUUAAGAACUUUCCCUUGGAACGUUCUCCUCUCCAUAUAUUGGGACGAAAUCCAUUGUGUUUGCUGUUGGUGUGGAGUUGAAUCAAAUGGCUCGACCCGGAUCUGGGGUUCUGGUGUCGCUGGGAGGCGGAUACUCGUCUCAGAGCAUGGCUAGGGUGGUGGUUUGGGAAUGGCUGAACGAACACGGCCGCUGGAGGCCGUACAGCGCCGCCGUUUGUCAUCACAUCGAAAACAUCCUGAAGGGAGACGCACGGGGGACGGUCAUACUGGGGCAGGUGGAUCCGCAGCUCACGCCAUACGUCAUAGACCUGCAGUCCAUGCAUCAGUUCAGACAAGACACAGGCACAAUGCGUCCCGUGCAGCGCAACUUCUACGACCCGUCCUCGGCUCCUGGGAAGGGCAUCGUGUGGGAAUGGGAAAACGACUGCGGCUCCUGGACGCUGUAUGACAUGGAGCUGUGCGUCAGCAUCCAGAACGCCUACGAGAAGCAGCACCCCUGGCUGGACCUGAGCUCGCUGGGCUUCAGCUACCUGGUGGAUUUCGACGGGAUGUCCCAAACCAACCGGCAGAGCCAGAGGAAGCGGCGCAUCCGACGACGCAUGGACCUGGCGUACCCUCUCAUCGCCGGAUCCAUCCCCAAAUCCCAGUCCUGGCCGGUGGGCACCAGCUCGGGCACGCCGUGCACCUGUCAGCAGUGUCUGCUGGUCAACAGCACACGGGCCGCGUCCAACGCCAUCCUGGCGCUGCAGCAGAGGAGGAAGCUGUACGGGACGGAGGGCGGAGCCACCGCAGCCGUCGUCAGGCAGAGCAACACCUUCGCUGGCACCUCCCUCUGGUCGCCCACGACGACUGUUGCCAAGAGACACCAUAACAACAUAUCGCUGGGCGGCGGAGGAGGCGGGAAGCUGGACAUGAACGGUGUGAAAUUCCCAUGCACCCCUGCGAUCAUGACGCUUCCGUCCAAUCACGCGCUUACUAUUAACGGACAGAACAAUCUGAACCGGCCGGGAAUGCAGCGGAUCACGGGGACGGCCAGCCGAGGAUCUGUCCCUCCGGGGGUUCCUGCACUUCCUGUGAAGAAUCUCACUGGUUCAGGACCGGUCCAUCCUGCAUUAGCAGGAAUGACUGGGAUCCUCAUGUGUGCCGCCGGGUUCCCCGUGUGUUUGACUCGGGCUCCUAAACCCAUCCUCCAUCCACCGCCGGUCAGCAAGAGCGACCUGAAACCCGUGCCAGGAAUCAACAGCAUCCGGCGCAAGACCAAGAAGAAGCACCUCCGCAAAGGCAAAAAACCAGAGGAUGUGGUUCGGCGCUACACAGAGAAAAUCAAAAUGGCUCCGGAUGAGGACUGCACCAUCUGCAUGGAGCGACUGGCCACCGCGUCUGGAUACGAGGGAGUGCUGAGCUACAGAGGCAUCAAGCCUGAGCUGGUCGGCAAACUGGGAAAGUGUGGCCACAUGUACCAUCUUCUGUGUCUGGUGGCCAUGUACAACAACGGCAAUAAGGACGGCAGUCUGCAGUGUCCCACCUGUAAGGCCAUCUACGGGGAGAAAACCGGCACACAGCCUCCUGGGAAAAUGGAGUACCAUGUGAUUCCUCAUUCUCUACCUGGAUACUCUGAUACAAAGACUAUCCGCAUCGUCUAUGACAUUCCCUCUGGGAUACAGACCACAGAGCAUCCCAAUCCCGGGAAAAAGUACAGCGCGCGGGGAUUUCCUCGACACUGCUACUUACCUGAUAAUGAGAAAGGCCGGAAGGUGUUGAAGUUGUUAAUCAUGGCGUGGGAUCGUCAUUUGAUCUUCACCAUUGGGAUUUCCAGCACCACAGGAGAGAUGGACACGGUCGUGUGGAACGAGAUUCACCACAAGACAGAGUUCGGCUCCAACCUCACGGGCCACGGUUACCCUGACCCCAACUAUCUGGACAACGUGGUGAGAGAACUGGCCGCCCAGGGCGUCGGAGAGGACAACCUGAAGGACUGAGGGUCGGUCCGCUGCUGGACACACCAACACACACACACACACACACACACACACACCUCAUUCAGAGGAGUUCCUGACCACUGGAGAGACCUUUGACCUCUCUGGGAACCAGGAUCCUCGCUGACCCCGAGUCAGUGUAGGACUGUGUGAUAGACGAGUAGAUAAUGGAGUGAUGAAAUCAGUCAAAAUUACUCUAAUAUAUUCCUCAUUCACUGUCACAGCUUGCUUUCUCUCUCUCAAUCUCUCCCGUGCUCUUUUUGAAGGCUACCCAGAAUGCAUCUGGGCUCAGAGUGGUGCAUGUGGUAGUUGUAUAUACACACACAUUAGUGGCUGACUGAUAAGAGGUUAUCAAUGGCGAUGCCUCUACAGAUGGCAGAUAUAAGAUGUUAUAUCUAGGGCUGUCAAGUGAUUCAAAUUUCUUUUAUCUAAUUUAUUACACAGUGUGCAGAUUUAACAUCAUUUUUGGCUGAUAAAUUUACCCCCAAAAGAUAAUUUAAAGCCAUUAUUGUGUUGAAUGAGAAAAGCAUUGCAUAAACAUAACAAAAAAAAAAAAUAGCUUUAGAAAUACAUAUUUUGAUUCAGCAUAAAUGAGUCACUGAAUCAUUGACUCACUUGAUUUGUUCAAACAGCUGAUUCAUUCAGUAAUGAAGCCUUUAUAAAUUAGUUACUGAAUCAUUGACUCACUUGAUUUGUUCAAACAGCUGAUUCAUUCAGUAAUGAAACCUUUAUGAAUGAGUCACUGAAUCACUGACUCGCUUGAUUUGUUCAAACAGCAGAUUCAUUCAGUAAUGAAGCCUUUAUGAAUGAGUCACUGAUUCAUUGACUCGCUUGAUUUGUUCAAACAGCUGAUUCAUUCAGUAUUGAAACCUUUAUGAAUUAGUCACUGAAUCAUUGACUCACUUGAUUUGUUCAAACAGCUGAUUCAUUCAGUAUUGAAACCUUUAUGAAUGAGUCACUGAAUCACUGACUCACUUGAUUUGUUCAAACAGCAGAUUCAUUCAGUAAUGAAGCCUUUAUGAAUGAGUCACUGAAUCACUGACUCGCUUGAUUUGUUCAAACAGCAGAUUCAUUCAGUAAUGAAGCCUUUAUGAAUGAGUCACUGAUUCAUUGACUCACUUGAUUUGUUCAAACAGCUGAUUCAUUCAGUAUUGAAACCUUUAUGAAUUAGUCACUGAAUCAUUGACUCACUUGAUUUGUUCAAACAGCUGAUUCAUUCAGUAUUGAAACCUUUAUGAAUGAGUCACUGAAUCACUGACUCACUUGAUUUGUUCAAACAGCAGAUUCAUUCAGUAAUGAAGCCUUUAUGAAUGAGUCACUGAAUCACUGACUCACUUGAUUUGUUCAAACAGCAGAUUCAUUCAGUAAUGAAGCCUUUAUAAAUUAGUUACUGAAUCAUUGACUCACUUGAUUUGUUCAAACAGCUGAUUCAUUCAGUAAUGAAACCUUUAUGAAUGAGUCACUGAAUCACUGACUCGCUUGAUUUGUUCAAACAGCAGAUUCAUUCAGUAAUGAAGCCUUUAUGAAUGAGUCACUGAUUCAUUGACUCACUUGAUUUGUUCAAACAGCUGAUUCAUUCAGUAAUGAAGCCUUUAUGAAUGAGUCACUGAAUCACUGACUCACUUGAUUUGUUCAAACAGCUGAUUCAUUCAGUAUUGAAACCUUUAUGAAUGAGUCACUGAAUCACUGACUCACUUGAUUUGUUCAAAAAUGUGGAUUAAUUCAGUAACAUAACAGUGCUGGAAAAUGUUGAAGUUUGUAAACUCUGUUAAUCUGACAAUUAGUAUCUGAUGCUGAUGAUCGUAAAAUCACCAAAUAUCAGAUGAUUCGUCCCAUUUCUUGAUGUUUUUCAAAUCUGCUUCAUUUUCAGACAGUUUUCCUGAUGCUUUCUGCCUUGUUUUUCUGGCCUGCGUAUGUAUAACCGAUUAAAGGAGGAAGCCUGCAGUCGUUGGCGUUUGUGGGGAAAUCAGUGUAGAUGGGUCCGUAAGCAGAUUUUCGUGACAGUUUUUGAUGUUUUUGCAAAAGCUGCAUAAAAUAUCUGCACUUCAAAAUAUUCAGCUCUCCGGCUCGUGUGCUACUUUUGAACUUCAGAGCAAUUAGCGGAGCUCAGAGCAAACGCUAAGUUUUGAGGAUCGUUCUGUGUGUGCAUUUAAUCUUUUAGAAUGAAUAAGAUGAAUAGGAUGUCUUCUUGAAAUAUGCAAUGAUUCAUAUCCCGUCUUGCUUUGUUUCUCUUUAAUGUCAUUAUUCUGAGAGAGUGGCUUUCUGGUUGCAGACGGGUUUAUCUGUGUUGUGUUUGGAAUGAAAUACUAGCAUACUACUUUACUAGAAUACUGCACAGUAUACAGUGUGUACUGUUUUUAAAAUGCAGGCGUUAUUCCAUGAUAAGUAUUUUAAAUAGUUGUCCUUUUGAAUUGCAUGCAAGUGGUGUCCAGUUAUGAUGUUGAAUAAAUACGAUGGUUGCCCAUUUUUAAUUACAUUUUAUGCACUAAUGUGUGAAUUUAAGGCAGUCAGUGAUCAACUAAUGAGGCAAAAUAGUAAAAAUUGUGGCUGAUAUUAAUUUGUCACACUGGAAAUGAAGUUGAUGACAUGGCAGUGAUUCUUUUUAAAAUAAAGAUGUAUCUCACUUUGAUUAACUAAAAAUGAAACCAUCAAGAAAUGUUACUUGGAAUAAAAUAAACGUUAUAUAUAUUAUUACAGCUAGUUCCUAACGCAGAAUUUCUCAAAAACUGAAAUAAAAAUAAAUAAAACUAUACCAAUUAUCGGUAAAAAACAAAAACAAACACUAAACACGCAAUUUUCUUUAAAAUGAAAAAUACAGUAUAUAUAUAUAUAUAUAUAUGCCAAGCUCUAGAAUAUUUUAUCAGGUACAAAUAAUUUAAAUAUAAUAAUAAUAAUAAUAAUAAUAAUAAUAAUAAUAAUUUUAUCCUUAAUUCUUAGUUAGUAAAUCAGGAAAGAAUGGACAAUUAAUUGGUUAAAACAGCUGGAAGCUUGAAGAAAAUUAAACUCCUGAAACUUCUGCAAUCCUGGAAUUUAAUUAUUUAAUAUUUUAAUCAUUUAAACAGGAGUUUUAAUCAGAUUAAAAUGCAUCUUCAACAUAGCAUCUUCUUUAAAUAUUGUUGUGGUCAAUGAGGGGCCUUAAGAGUCAAAAAGAUUGAGAAACACUGGCAUUUUGCGUAUUUCAUACAGUGUGCUCCAGGUACACAUUUAGACAAAUGCAGAAGGUCAUACACAGAAAAUGCACAUAGUGUGCAUGUAAACAUACUAGAUACUGUAGAAAUAGUAGUAUGUUAAGAUUCUAUUCUAAACACAGCUCUCCUGUUUGGUGAUGGAGAGUUUCUGAGGCCGUAGCAGAUAAAUCAUGACUCAAACUCCCCUCAAGGUUAAAGUUUCCAGGGAGCUGUGAGAUUAUUGCUUUCUAUGCUGAUCUCGUUCCGAGUCAAAGACGUUUCCCAGAGGCGAGUUUCUCCACCUCGUGUCCCUCGGGGUCUGUGAACUGUGAUUUAUUUCUGCGGUGACUCUCAUAAGUGUUUGCGUGUCAUUUGGAAGCCAAAGACCGUGAUGUCAUCGUACAGUCUCUGAAGGGCUCUUCACACUGACAACAUUUUACAGCAACAAAACCAAGAUUAUCAUUUUUGUAAACAUUGUUUUUCUAUGUUUAUGAAUCAUUUUCUGCAUGUAGUUUAUAAAUCAUACAGUUUUAAUGCUAAAAUGUUUUUGAGAUGAGUUUCUUCCGCUCACCGACUUUGCAUUAAUUUGCUAAAAAAUUUCAGUAAAAACAGUAAAAUUGUGAAAUAUUACAAUUAAAUUAACUGUUUUUUUUUAUGUGAGUAUGUACUAAAAUGUAAUUUAUUGCUGUGAUGCGCAGCUGUAUUUUCAGCAUCAUUACUCCAGCCUUCAGUGUCACAUGAUUUUCAGAAAUCAAGAUUUUUUCAAAUUAAAAAUACAGUAAAAAUUUCAAAAUUUUGAAAUAUUAUUCGAAUUUUAAAUAACAGUUUUCUAUGUGAAUAUCUGUUAAACAAUAAUUUAUUUCUGUGAUCGAAGCUGAAUUUUCAGCAUCAUUCCUCCAGUCUUCAGUGUCACAAUAUCUUCAGAAAUCAAGAUUUUUAUUUGAUUAAAAAUACAGUAAAAACUGCAAUAUUUAGAAAAAUUAUUAGAAUCUAUAAUAGCUGUUUUCUGUGUGAAUCUGUGUUAAAGUGUAAUUUAUUCCUGUGAUUUAGCGCUGUAUUUUCAGCAUCAUUCCUCCAGUCUUCAGUGUCACAUGAUCUUCAGAAAUCAUGAAAAUAUGAUGAUUUACUGCUCAAGAAACAUUUCUGAUUAUUAUCAAUAUUGGCCGUCAUAUUUCAGGCUGCAUUGAUGACUAUAAAUAUCAAAUGAACAGCAUUUAUUUAAAACAGAAAUCUUUUGUAACCUUAUAAAUGUCACUUUUGAUCAAUUUAAUGUGUAUUUUAAAUUUAAUUAAUUUCUUAAAAAAAAAAAAAAAAAAACUUGAACAGUCAUAACAUUUUAC